AUGGAUGCAUUGAUUGUAAAGUUAACUCUGACGGAUAUUACCAAUAGGAGUAUAGAUGAUAAUUUUGAUGAUCUUUUGGGUAUUGAUAAGAAUGAAGAGAAUCAGUCAGAUGAUACUGCUUACAACGCUGCUAAGGAUUUCGGUUCAUUCUUUAAUGAAGUGACAAGUAAAGAAGAGAAGAAACCUACUGCAGAGUCAGACAAACCAAAAUUUCGUCUUCAUAAACAAGAAGAUGAAAAUUUCUGA